AGUCCUAAACAUCAAUGGGAAGAUUCAAGUAAAACGAUAUCAAAUUAAAUCUUCUUAUUCAAAUAAUCAUAUAAAUAAAUAAAUAAAUGAUUUUCCUUAGUGAAUUGCUCUUCUUCUUCUUAUACUUUUUUUUUUCUAUUCCAAAUAAAUUGAUUCUUCAAUUUAGCCAUAUCUAUUUGGAUUUAGUAUUUUUAUGUUUCUAUGUAUUCUUAUCACUUUUGGACAUGGAUUUUGUUUAUUAUUUGAUAAACUAAUAAAAUGUAAAACUUUACAAUUGAAAUUUAUUGGAAGUAUACAAAAUGAUGAUGAGAGAAAGCUGAAUAAUAAUAAUAAUAAUAAUAAUAAUAAUGAUUUAAAUAAUGAAUCAAGAAUUCAAAUGUCUAAUUCUUCUUUACAUCAAAUAAUAAAUCCAAAUCAAUUUCUGAGAAAUAUAUCAAAAUUAGAUCAACAUAUAAAUUUCUCAAAUAUAAAAACUCGUAUUCAUUUGAAUGAAAUCAAACCAAAAUAUAAAUGUGUAAUACAUGAUCACAUUAAAAUCCCAUUCAAUGAGACAAAUCAAAAUCAUCAUGAAAUUAUUAAUUUAACUCGAAUAAACAAAGAUCAGUGUUUAUGGAUUCAAAAUAAAGUGAAAUCGAAAAACCGUUUACAACCGAUGCCAACUUUAUUCAUUAAAAAACCGAAUUAUUCAAAUGAAUUGGACGAAAUACCUGAAAAUGACAAUCUUUAUUUAAAUGAUAAUUCCUACUCAUCAAAUGAGACUAAAGCUUCAAUAAAAUCCUCGUCAUUCAGACAAAAAGUGAAUGUCAAUGAUGAUAAUUGUGGAGGAUAUGAUAAUGAUAAUGAUGAUGAUGAUGUUAAUGGUGACGACAAUGAAGAUAAUAAUGAAGAUAAAUUACUAUCAAUUUCUGCAAACAAUCCAUCUUUAUCACAAACAAAUUCAAAAUAUCAACAAAAUACGAAACAUACUAACGCUUUAUCAACAUCUGCCAUGACAUCUUAUUUAAACACACAUCAUCAUCAUCAUCACAAAAUAUGUACUAAACAAAUGCACAUACUUCAAGCUCACAAAAGAGAUUUAUCUUUGUUUAAACGAUUAUUUCAAUGUGGUUAG